AUGGUGGAUUCCUCUUACAGUAACAAAGUUUAUGGAGAAACAGGGGAUUACAGGUCCCCCAUACAAAUUCCUCCAUGGAAACAACAAAGAAGGAGUGUAUUUCUUUGCUGGUUGGGCACAAGACCACAGCUUGUAGUCACUGAACCAGAGCUCAUACGAGAGAUUAUCAACAAUAAAAAGGGUGACUUCCAAAAACCAAAGAAGAAUCCAAUUGUGAAAAGGUUAUUAGGAGAUGGGCUUGUAUUAGCUGAUGGGGAGAAGUGGGUUCGCCAUCGUAAGCUCGCUAACAAGGCCUUCAAUGGAGAAUCCUUCAGAGUUAUGCUUUUGAAAAUGGUAAAAAGCAUUGAAGAAAUGUUAAGCAGAUGGAGAGAUUACGAAGGGCGAGAUACUGAAAUUUUCAGUGAAUUUCGGGUUUUGGACGUUAUUUCGAGGACAGCCUUUGGGACCAAUUAUUUACAAGGAAAAGAUAUGUUCCAUUUGUUGGCAAAGCUGGGAAAGAUAGCCGUUUCGAAUAUACGGAAAAUCAACUUUGCCGGUUUGUUGAGGUUCAAGGUUCAGAGGUCUGAUUCAGAGGUUCAGAGGUCUGCGAAGGUUCAGAGGUCUGCGAAGGUUCAGAGGUCUGGUUCAGAGGUUCAGAGGUCUGCGAAGGUUCAGAGGUCUGCGAAGGUUCAGUAA